GAUGCCUGAAUCGGAAUUCGUUGAGUUGGCAAACAAUGUUGUGAAUGAGGAGGAGGAUCAUAGCACGGAUUUGCUCAUUCAAACAGGCUUUUUGUCACUACUUGACAGUCCGUUUCUCCACAGUUCUACAGUGAAAUUUGACGUUUUUCUUCCAUAUCAAAAUCAAUUUCUUAUGCUGCAGCAAACCUGUGAGCUUCAAGCGUUGGUAGCUGUUGAUUUUCUGGCACAGGAAGGUUGGGGUGAUGUUACUCUUGUCACCAGUGGAGAUUACUGUGGUGGAGAGUCUACCCUGCUGUUCAAGCAACAGAUCGACGACAAAGACCUGGACUGCCAUUUCAAUGUUGCCUAUCGACGGCAGCAACCCCCUGAAACAACAGCAGAUAUGCCAAAAGACUAUACACAAUUGGCUAUUCAAACCAUUGGUGAAGCAUAUGAACAACAUACGGCUAAUACUUAUUCAAAACACCGUAAAUUCUACGAUGAUUUGGAGCAGUCAACACACAUUGUCUAUCUCUCGUCUAUUGAGUUUGCUGUUACCACUCUUCAAAUCUUUAGUGAAUCCGUUUUGUCACAUGUCAAUCGCACAUAUUCGUUUCUGUUUGGAGAUUUCUGGGGUGACCCAAGACAAGCAGAUACCUUGUUUGAACUCAUCGUACAAUUGGUGGAAAAUGGCCACAAAGUCUAUGCUCUCAGGAACGAUAUUAAUGGGACUGAAGUAAUUCAAGAACACAUGGCAUCCGUUCGUCUCAAUUCAUAUGAGUGGAAUCGGAACACGUGGUUGCAGCGAUAUUGGCAGAGUUAUUACAAUUGUUCUGAUCAAUGCAAUGCUAAUGAAUCAUUGCCUGCAAUUAUUAGACCAAUUUUGAGAAACUACAAAGCUGCACUUGUCAUGGUGGGAGUUUCUCUGAUCAGAGAAUUCGUAGAGGUUCACUAUGCUAACUACAAAGAACCACCUGGAACGUUCAAUUUAGCUGACGGUUUUAUACCCGACAAUGCCAAUAGGACAAUUGAGAACAAGGAGACUGGAAAUACGUUAGUGUUUGGAAGAACAGGACACCCAAAGGACUCAUUGGAUUGGCAACAACCUUUGCAAUGGCAAUACAGGAUUCUUGAAUUAGAGAUGGUGAUCGAAACAGAAAUUGAUACUGGAGCAGAUGGAGUGUAUUCUAGAGAUAUGAACGUCUCAGAGCAUACAUCAAAUGAAACAAUGCUGGGACUUGGGUUCAAUGAUACAUCAAAUGGAACAACGGAGUUUACUUACGUUCUAGGUGGGAAAGAGUAUGGGAUAUGGACAAUUGAUAGCAAUGGGAUAGAAAGCAACAGUGGUCACCUCUAUGUUUUUGUUAAUAAUUCUGAAUUUCCCACUACUCCUACAGUCAACAAUGUGGAUAACAACACAAAUGUGGAUAACAACAAGAAUGCCUCUGUAAACAGCACUGUCAGUUCGGAGAUUCCCACUGUCGUUAGUACUCCUACAGUCAAUAUCUCCGACAGUGUUGGUAAUAUGACUGACUUUGGUAGCAACACUAAUGGCUCUCUUGGUAACAGCACUGUCAUGUCCACAAUGACACCAAUACAACAGCAACUGCUUCCUAAGUUUCAAACAUGCCCAACAACAGCAGUACCAACAACAACAGUGCCAACAACAGCAGUACCAACCACAUCAGUACCAACAACGCUGACGAUGAAACCAACAACGGAGUUUAUGGACGACUGUAAUCCUGACAAACUGCACGGUAUGGUCGGUCUUGUUGUUGUCAUCCUUCUUCUGCUUAUCGUCGUAUGUCUCGUGUACAUAUGGAAUGACAGUUGUGUACGAAUAAAGAGUGACAAUGAUGAAACAGUAACAAAUGACGGCAAUAUAAAAGUGAGUGUGAAACGUGUUCUUAGAUCACCAGGAUACAGUAUUCUGCUGGGUCUCACUCUGUUUUCGAUCUGCAUUUGCUUCUGGAUCAUAUUCGGCAAUGAGUCUUUCGAUUGUGAUAAUCGUGGAGAUGACUUCUUGGUGAAUUUGGUGAAUGGCGUUUGCUUCACUGUCUUACUGAUUUACGUUGCCUGUCGAAGGUUUGAGAAUCGUCUUGGACAACUGUGCCUUAAAAUAUGUGGCUUCCUUGCUUUGGUCAUGAUUCAGCUCAUUGUGGCGGCUGUGGCUCACUUUGACAAAGUAGAGAAGUUUGAUGACAACAGUACGGCAAUUGAACAUUGUUACCAAGAACGAGGCAAAUCAGUAGUGGCUGGUUCGUACUGGUUUGGUGCCAUUCUUCUGAUUGCAUUCAUUGCUCUCCUCAUUGUCGACUUGUGUGUGAAAAAGGAUGAAGAAGAUGAGCAUCAUUUGACUGUUUUUAACAUUAUCAGGACAUCGAUUGCAGUUGCAGCCAGCAUCCUGUACAUGACUGGGUUGGUGUUUGUUGUGCACGUUGAUAGUACAUCACAGUGUCUUAAUCAUGGACGGUGGUUCAUUUUCCUUGCGCUGUUUCCUGCAUUUGUUGGUCUCCUUGUGAGUGCUCUUCAAACUGUCAAAAGCAUUCGUGAAAAGAGGAGAGAAAUCCAAGAAUACCGUUAUUCUAUGGAGCUGCUAAGAAUUCGUAGUCAGUCUUUGCAAAAUCAUCUCUAUCUAUUUGAUGGAUUUCCUCACCUCUCUGCCAAAGCUGAAGGAUCAAGCUUCAAGCUUGACGACGAUGUCCUAAAAGAGAUGGGCGAAGUGCUGAUUGAUCCUGGAAGGAUAGACAUCAAAGUUGCAAUUGGAAAAGGCAAUUUUGGAGAGGUUUUCAAGGGUAUGCUUGAUACAGACAACGAAGUCGCAGUCAAAUCGGUGCAGGAUGUGACUAGUCAAAAGGAGGUGACUGAUUUUAUACGGGAAGGACUGCAGAUGAAGGCAUUCAACCAUCCCAAUGUAAUGGAACUGGUUGGGAUCUGUUGGCUAAACGACAACAGCGCAAAUGUACGAAUGACUGCACCGUUGAUCGUACUGCCAUUUAUGGAGAGAGGAGAUCUCAAAAACUACCUGAGAAAAAGCAGACCAGGAAAGCUUUCUCCGGAGGAAGCACUGAAAAGUCCAAUCAAUCUUGCUCAACUAGCAAAGUUUUGUCAUCAGAUUGGUAUGGGAAUGGAAUAUCUCAGCAAGCAGGGCAUCAUUCAUCGUGAUCUUGCCGCUAGAAACUGCAUGGUGAACAAUGAUUUGGAAAUAAAAGUGGCCGACUUUGGUCUUUCUCGUGCAAUGUCUGAGGGCAAGGACUAUUAUAGGAUGGGACAUGGAGGCCAGCUGCCAGUGAAAUGGAUGGCACCUGAAAGUCUCAUUGAUUUCUUCUUCACAGAAAAGUCUGACGUGUGGGCAUUUGGUGUUACAAUGUGGGAAGUCAUGACUUUGGCUCAAGUUCCCUAUCCUGGUGUCUCCAAUCAAGAUGUUAUUCCCUACCUUAAACGAGGAGAUCGUCUCCACAAACCUGAUGAGUGUCCGUUUGAAAUAUACGAAAUUAUGAAGUGUUGCUGGAUAAUGAACGCCGAGGAACGUCCUACAUUCACAAGUCUGGUCCGAGAUAUUGAAGAAUUUCUCACCGAGUUAAUGAAUUACUUUGAUCCUAAUGCUGGUGAUGAACCUGUCCCACCGGAUCCUUACUCAAACUGGUCUCAGGCACGUUCAGCCGAAAUCAUGGAAAUCGAAGAACAGGCUGAGAGAGAAAGAGCAAAUUGUGAGAAUGAGCUGGCUGGUGGUGAAGGAUUAGAGCUUCUGGACAAGCUAGGACGAGGUGGUGAAGUGGUUGUCGAUGUGACUGCAGUGGAGGAGAAUGAAACACCUCGUUAUCAUCAGUCAGAGUUGGAUGUUUAGCACUUGCACAACAGUAAGCAGUAAAUUAUCGGUAUCACAACACAAAAAUAAGCAGUCUUAUUAUCGGUAUCCAUUAUGUAUCCAUUAUCCGUAUCAGGUGUAGAUAGUUGCAGCAUGGUAAUAGGUAGUUCAUCUUCAUGAGUAACGAACAGAAAUUUGUAGUGAUCUACAAUUUGUGUUACCAUUGUCGUAUUGUAUGUAUUGAUGACAUUGUCUAGUGUUGUGUGAUUUGUGGACUGUACUAAACAUAAAUUUUAGUCACUAUACUGCAAAGUCACGUGACUCAUUUGUGGUAAAUUCAACUGGUAACUAUCAAGUGUUACAAGCAAAUUUGC